CGAGAGACCACAAGCUCCACCACGGCCCAAUCACCGAGCCUCUGCCUUCUUUAGGCGCGCUCCCCUCCCACGGUGGAGGCCGAAUCAUCUCCUCUCUGCCUCCCUCGACCCACUUCGGCAUCUGCCGGGCCGGGAUCGAUACCGCCGCCACCGCAUAAAUACCGCCUCCCCUGCCACUGCCACUCCCCCUCUCUUCUCCUCCUCUCCUCCCGUGGCCUCUGCCUGACAACGCUGGGCGGAAUUGGUCGGCUGAGCCUGAGAGAGAGAGAGAGAGAGAGAAAGAAAGAUGAUGAAGCAGGAGUCGUGGAUGGAGGUGCUGCCGGUGCCGCCGGCGCCCUACUUCGCCGGCCAGGCAGGCGGCUGGUUCUUGCAGCAGGACCAGCGGGGCACCGGCGGCGGCGGCGGGGCGUGGUCGCCGCAGGAGAACAAGCUCUUCGAGGAGGCACUCGCUCGGGUCGACGGGGACGCGCCGGACCGGUGGGAGCGGGUGGCGGCGCUGCUGCCCGGCAAGACGGUGGCCGACGUCAUGCGGCAGUACGACGACCUCGAGAACGACGUCUGCUUCAUCGAGGCGGGGCUCGUCCCCUUCCCCCACUACAACGCCAACGCCGGCGCCCCGGCCUCCGGGUUCACCCUCGACUGGGACGGCGGCGGCGACCUGGCGUUCAAGCGCUCCUGCUACAUGGCGGCGGGCGGCAACGGCAAGCGCGGGCGCGGCGCGGACCAGGAGCGCAAGAAGGGCGUGCCAUGGACGGAGGAGGAGCACAAGCUGUUCUUGAUGGGCCUGAAGAAGUACGGGCGAGGCGACUGGCGGAACAUCUCGCGCAACUACGUGACGAGCCGGACGCCGACGCAGGUGGCCAGCCACGCGCAGAAGUACUUCAUCCGCCUCAACUCCGGCGGCAAGGACAAGCGCCGCUCCAGCAUCCACGACAUCACCACCGUCAACAUUCCGGACGACGACCACGCCAGCAACACCAACCCCUCGCCGUCGCCGCCCUCCGCGCUCACCGCCACCUCCUCCGCCCCGGAGCAGUUCGGCGCGCUCGUCGACAGCAAGCCGCCGCCGCCUCUCGGCGGGAACCACCGCUUCAUGCCGGCCCAUCUGUACGGCAGCGUGAAGCUGGAGGCCAGCAAUAACGGCUACCACGGCGACUCUGUUCUGAUGCAGAUGCAAUGCGGCCAGCUCCAGCCUCUCGGUUGACCAGGGGCUCCUUGGAGCAGCAGCAGCCCAGCCGCCAUCGGAGAAAGCUGUCUCGUCCUCGAGCGUGCACGAGGAGGGAGGGGAGAACCACACCACAUCGCACGUGCUCUUGGUCAGCGAGCAGAGAUCAUCCAUGCAGGAGCAGUACACUGGACGGACGGACGGACGGACGGAGAGCGAGGAUGAGAUGAGGAUGAGCGGCAUGGCAGCAGGAUGGAGACGGCGUUUGGCCUCUGUGUACAUAACACCACGCCGACCGUGAAAUAAUUAGCAAUAUUCUAUUAUUUGCUACUCCCUAGCCAUGGGAGGCGCUGGUACUUGAGCUUGGGAAGCACACUAGCACAGGAGUACUGUAGUGCUAGCCAGACGCUGUGAUUACACCUGCCGGGCUUUUUUUUUUUCCUUUAUAUUUACUUUUGAUUGAUGUAUUUGGUCAGCUAGUUAGUGUCAUGCAUGUGGUUAUUUGGGUAGCAGCAGCAUACCGUAUGGUGUUACUUUUUCCUUGCUGUAACGUGUUGAUCUUUUGGUUUUGGUGUAUUAGCAAUUUAGCAUUGGUCACCCUCUCAUUGACCCCUGCUAUAUUAAUUAAUAAUGAUGUAGUUGAUGGUGAUGAUGAUUAUUAGUCA